CUAACGUAUCCUCAAAAUUCGAAGUAACCUUCUCGUCUUCUAUCGAGAUGUUCGUAAUGCGAUAGUGAAGUUCAUUUACUCGUUUGCAGCGAUUUUCUUAGUUAUUUUUGUUAGAGAAAGUGUAAUUAUUAACGAUGACAAACGUUACAAGCGAGGAAAAUUCUAGUAGGUUCAAUGCGGUCUCUGACUCAUCUACGAUGGAAACGUGUACAGCGGGACCCCUUGUUUUGUAUUCAACCGCGCAAGCAUGGGCAGCUCAAUUUCAUCGCAGCCUUACAUGUACCAGGGUAUCAGAAUCGUCAGACGAAGAAGAUUUUUCUCAGUAUCGGUUCGAAGAUGAUCUUGAGUACCUUAGGUCGUUGGAUCCAAAGGAGUGGAAAGAUCAAGAUCAUUACGCGGUAUUGGGCUUGAAAAAGCUCAGACACAGAGCAACCGAAGAUCUUAUAAAAAGGGCUUAUAAGCAAAAAAUCCUUAAACAUCAUCCCGAUAAACGUAAGGCCAUGGGAGAGGAAAUCCGGGCAGACGACGAUUAUUUUACCUGCAUAACACGGGCAUGGGAAAUUCUGGGCAACCCUGCAAAGAGGAGAAGCUACGACAGCGUAGACCCGUAUUUUAACGACGAAUUACCGGACGAGAAAGACUGCAAAAAUAACUUUUACGUGGCAAUGGGUAAAGCGUUUAAGGAAAAUGCUAGAUGGUCGGUGAAAAAGCCGGUGCCACGUUUAGGUGGACCAGACACACCCAGGCAAAAGGUGGAAAAGUUUUACUCGUUCUGGUACGAUUUCGAUUCGUGGCGCGAAUAUUCUUACUUGGACGAAGAAGACAAAGAAAAUGGAAAAGAUCGAGAUAUGCGCAAAUGGAUCGAGAAAAGAAACAAAGCUGCGCGAGCGAAACGGAAGAAGGAAGAAAUGGCACGUAUACGGUCUUUGGUCGAUAUGGCUUACAAUAUGGAUCCUAGAAUAAAAAAGUUUCAGCAGGAGGAUAAGGAUAAGAAGACAGCUGCGAAGAAAGCGAAGCAAGAAGCUGCGAAAGCGAGGCAGCAAGAAGAGGAGAGAAUAGCGAGAAACGCUGCGGAAAAGGAAAGAUUAGAAAAGGAGAAGCGAGAGAUCGAGGAGAAAGCGAAACUGGACGCGCUGAAGCAAGAAAAGGAAGCGCAAAAGAAAGCGCUUCGUAAAGAAAGAAAAGCACUGAGAGAUUUUUGCAAAGCCAAUAAUUAUUUUGCAGAGAACUCGGCCGAAAGUAUCAAACACAUGGAAAGCAUAGAGAAAAUCUGCGAACUUUUCAAGCUCGUUCAACUGGAGGAAGCCAUGAGAAAGCUACAAGCUGAGGGUAGAUCAGCGUUUCUCGCUAUCGUGGAAGAAACCGAAAAGAAAAUCGAAGCUGAGCGUCGAGCUGCCGUUGUGUCCGUCGACACGCGAAACACUCCGGAAAAACAAGUGAAAUCUUAUACGGCUCCGUGGAACGAAAACGACUUGCAGCUUUUGAUAAAAGCAGUAAAUCUGUUCCCAGCUGGUACGAAUCAACGCUGGGAAGUGGUCGCUAACUUUAUUAAUCAGCAUAGCAGCUCGUCUAGCCGCGUAACGCGCGACGCUAAGGAAGUUCUCGCUAAAGCGAAAGACUUGCAGUCGACAGAUUUUAGUAAAUCGAGUCUAAAGGAGCAAGCGAACAAGAAAGCUUUCGACAAUUUCAUCGCCGAAAAGAAAGCGAAGGAAUCGGUCGAGGAUCGUAUGCCAGCCGUUACGGAACGUUUGGAUCAUCCUAUUUCGAACGGCGUCGGUGGUGAGCAAAAGGACGCGAAAAAGGAGUCUCAACCGUGGACACCGGCGGAGCAGAAGCUGUUGGAACAAGCGUUGAAAACUUAUCCCACUAGCGUGCCCGAUAGGUGGGAUCAGAUAGCAGCGUGUAUACCAACUAGAACGAAAAAAGAGUGUAUGAAGAGGUAUAAGGAGCUGGUCGAACUGGUUAAGGCAAAGAAGGCGGCACAAGUAAUGAAAUAAUAAUAGGUUGUUUUUAAAGCGAACAUUCUUCUUAACUUAUUGAAUUCCGAUACGAACGACCUCGUGAAUGAAAUCCAUUAGGGAAGCGAAGUGGUUCAUUGAAAUUUGGGAAAACGAAUUCUAAUUUUGGUUUCAUCGAAUGUUGCCUGUUGUAUUAUACCUGUGCCUUGUUUUAGCUUGUACGCGCACGGUUUGCAACGGUUCUAGAAAUUAUCGUGUCAUUUGCACGCAACAGAACGAUCGCGCUUAGUGAUUGUACGUUUAAUCGCAAUUGUUAAAACUGCAUGAGACGAAAAUCCAUAUUCCCGAUGCUCGAAUUAACGAGUUCUUUCUAGAAAUGAAAUCUUUUUCUCGUGGCAUUGUAUCGUCUUCGGCGGCGAUCGAUCCUGAUAAUUCAAUCGUAAAUCGGUCGUUUUCCACGGGUGAGCCACUUUCGCGUUCUCAUCCUCCACCGCGUAUUUUUCUUUAUAGUCACAUCGACUCGAUGCAUCGCUUCGAAAGGAAAUUACGAUGGUUAUCGUUGUUUCGUUUUCAUGGCAGUUGUUUUCGUCUAGCGUUCACGUUUAUCGCGACGUCGGUCGACGUUCCAACACCGUGAAAACGAAGGUCGAACGGGGGAUGUGUAUUGUAAACGGCUCUUGGAAACGUCUGUUGUAAGUAAUGUAACAUACGGCAUUGUUAGAACAGUGUGGCCCGUUCGAAAUAAAGCGUGCAUACUUUCUAUAAAUAAAGAUACGUAUGAUCUUUG